UGUUCUCGCACUCUAGCCCGCGGGCCUGUCCUCGCGCUGGCCGGGCUGCGCGCGCAUCGCACCUCUCCUUCGUCCUAGUGCGCACGCACGGCUCCGCCCUCGCCCCCUUCGGCGCUCGGGAGGCCGAGUCCGCACGAAGAUGGCGGCGCCGCUCGUCCCCCUCGCGCAGCAGAUGCCCAGUGGAAAUCCGUUAUAUGAAUCUUACUACAAGCAGGUGGACCCUGCCUACACAGGAAGAGUUGGGGCCAGUGAGGCUGCGCUGUUUCUGAAGAAGUCGGGGCUCUCUGACAUCAUCCUGGGGAAGAUAUGGGACUUGGCAGACCCCGAAGGUAAAGGGUUCUUGGACAAACAGGGUUUCUAUGUUGCGCUGAGAUUGGUGGCCUGUGCACAGAGUGGCCACGAAGUCACCUUGAGCAAUCUGAGCCUCACCAUGCCACCACCGAAGUUUCAUGACACCAGCAGCCCACUGAUGGCCACACAACCGUCUACAGAGACUCACUGGGCUGUGCGGGUGGAAGAGAAGGCAAAGUUUGAUGGCAUCUUUGAAAGCCUUCUGCCAGUCAAUGGUCUGCUCUCUGGAGACAAGGUCAAGCCAGUCCUCAUGAACUCGAAACUACCUCUGGAUGUGCUGGGCAGGGUCUGGGACCUCAGUGACAUUGACAAGGAUGGACAUCUGGACCGAGAUGAAUUUGCUGUGGCCAUGCACUUGGUGUACCGCGCCUUGGAGAAGGAGCCAGUGCCCUCUGUCCUGCCCCCAUCCCUCAUCCCACCUUCCAAGAAGAAGAAGACAGUGUUUGCAGGUGCUGUGCCUGUCCUGCCUGCCAGCCCCCCACCCAAAGACAGCCUCCGCUCCACGCCAUCCCAUGGCAGCGUCAGUAGCCUCAACAGCACAGGCAGCCUGUCUCCAAAGCACAGCGUCAAACAGACUCAGCCUCCAGUGGCCUGGGUGGUGCCUGUGGCAGAUAAGAUGCGCUUUGAUGAGAUCUUCUUGAAGACAGACCUGGACCUUGAUGGCUAUGUGAGUGGUCAGGAAGUGAAGGAGAUCUUCAUGCACUCAGGUCUCACACAGAACCUUCUGGCACACAUUUGGGCCCUGGCUGAUACCAGACAAACGGGGAAGUUAAGCAAAGAGCAAUUCGCACUGGCUAUGUAUUUCAUUCAGCAGAAGGUCAGUAAAGGCAUCGACCCUCCUCAAGUCCUCUCGCCAGACAUGGUGCCACCCUCCGAGAGAGGCACUCCUGUUCCAGAUAGUUCAAGUGUUCUCGGGUCAGGAGAGUUCACUGGUGUGAAGGAGCUGGAUGACAUUAGCCAGGAGAUUGCUCAGUUGCAGAGAGAGAAGUACUCACUGGAACAAGACAUCAGAGAAAAGGAAGAGGCGAUCAGACAGAAAACCAGUGAAGUACAGGAACUACAAAAUGACCUAGACAGGGAAACCAGCAGUCUGCAGGAGCUUGAGGCUCAGAAGCAGGACGCCCAGGACCGCCUGGAUGAGAUGGACCAGCAGAAGGCCAAGUUGAGGGACAUGCUGAGUGACGUGCGGCAGAAAUGCCAGGAUGAGACCCAGAUGAUCUCGUCAUUGAAAACCCAGAUCCAGUCUCAGGAGUCAGAUUUGAAGUCCCAGGAGGAUGAGCUCAGCCGGGCCAAGUCAGAGCUGAGUCGGCUGCAGCAGGAGGAGACACAGCUGGAGCAGAGCAUCCAGGCUGGGCGUGCCCAGCUGGAGACGAUCCUCAAGUCCCUCAAGUCCACGCAAGAUGAAAUCAACCAGGCAAGAAGCAAGCUGUCCCAGCUGCAAGAGAGCCGCCUAGAAGCUCACCGGAGCCUGGAACAGUACGACCAGGUGCCCGAUGGGAUCUCUGGCACCAGCCUGCCUGACCUGGCCACCCUGAGUGAAGGCAUCUUGCUGGCAGAGAGAGGCGGCUUUGGAGCCAUGGAUGACCCUUUCAAAAACAAAGCCUUACUGUUUAGCAACAACUCCCAAGAACUACAUCCAGACCCCUUCCAGGCGGAGGACCCCUUCAAGUCCGACCCAUUUAAAGGAGCUGACCCCUUCAAAGGUGACCCCUUCCAGAAUGAUCCCUUCGCAGAGCAACAGACGGCAGUCACAGACCCAUUUGGAGGGGACCCUUUCAAAGAAAGUGACCCAUUCCACAGCUCAAACACUGAUGACUUCUUCAAGAAACAGACAAAGAAUGACCCGUUUACCUCAGACCCCUUCACAAAGAACCCCUCCUUACCUCCAAAGCUCGACCCAUUUGAGUCCAGUGAUCCCUUCUCUUCGUCCAGCAUCUCCUCGAAAGGAUCAGAUCCCUUUGGAACCCUAGACCCCUUUGGAAGCGGCUCCUUCAGCAGUGCCGAGGGCUUCGCUGACUUCAGCCAGAUGUCCAAGCCCCCACCUUCUGGCCCCUUCUCCUCCUCCUUGGGAGGCACAGGAUUCUCAGAUGACCCCUUUAAAAGUAAACAGGACACUCCCGCUCUGCCUCCGAAGAAGCCCGCUCCUCCACGGCCCAAACCGCCCAGCGGUCAGAGUACACCUGUAAGCCAGCUGGGUUCUUCAGCCUUCCCCGAGUCCCCCGAUCCAUUCCAGCCACUCGGGGCUGACAGCGGCGACCCGUUCCAAAAUAAAAAGGGGUUUGGGGACCCAUUUAGUGGCAAAGAUCCUUUUGCCCCCUCUUCAGCUAAACCUCCUAAGGCCUCUUCCUCCGGCUUUGCCGACUUCACCUCUUUUGGCAAUGAGGAGCAGCAGUUGGCCUGGGCCAAGCGGGAAAGCGAGAAAGCGGAGCAGGAGCGGCUGGCGAGGCUGCGGAGACAGGAGCAGGAGGACCUGGAGCUGGCCAUCGCCCUCAGCAAGGCUGACAUGCCGGCCUAGGUGGUGCAGGGGAAGCUGCUGCUGUCAGUAUGUACACACCCAUGCUCAGAGCGUGCCCGCUUCAAGCCGUGCCAUGCCACAGCCACCAGUUAAGGACAAGCUGGCCACCGGGCCUGGGCUUCGGGGCCUUGUUCAGAGGCAGUAGACGCAGCUCACCCCUGUGAGUGGGCCAGGUAGGCAGCUGUAGGCAAAAGGCCUGGAAGCUGCCGGUCUGUCUGAGGUGUGAUGGCAGUCAGUCAGGCUCCACCUUCCAGAUCGUUCAACAACUGGCAGAGACAGCCUCCAGUCUCCUGGCUGCAGACAGGCCCCGCCCCCAGCCCCUCCCCGCAUCCAUGAGACACCCCUACAUGAUGUAUGCAUUCGUUGUAUAAAAAUGAAGUUUGAAUGAUUAAUAUAAAAUAUUUUAAU